UAUGCUUUUAUUUUACAGAUUAUUCCAGUCCCUAGUUUUCAGAGAUUAUUUGGAUUAGAAAUAUGGCAGAAAAUUUGGUUCUAAGUGAGCAGAUGAGCGAUGUUGUUUUGAAAGUGAGACACAAUGGAUAUUCAUGGAGAUUUCCGGGACAUUCCUUGUUGUUAAAUGCUCGUUCUAGUGUGCUUCGGGACAUCUUAGAACAAAGAGCAGACGAUGCCUAUGCUUCGCCGAUCACUAUUGUAGGACUUGAACCAGAAACUGCAGUGGCAAUACUCAGAUAUAUUUACUCUGGGACAUUACCUACAAAAGUAACAGCGAAUCUGAUAGCAGCUGCUGAAAAAUAUGAUCUAGAGAGUCUGAGAGAUUAUCUUGAAGAAAUGGUAAUAACAGAUCUAACCAUACAACAAGCCUGCCAAAUGCUGAAUGGAUUCGAACAUGAGCUGCCAUUGACAGACGAUUGUGCCUUGAAAACGGCCUGCUUCACUCUUCUUGAAUCACAUGCCUACACCGUUUUCGCAUCAGAUUCAGUGUUGAAUCUGAGUAAAAACACUUUACUAAGACUUUUGGAGUCAGACAAAUUAAAUGUUCCAGAUGAAUCGGUUGUUUUUUGGGGAAUAUGGCGUUGGGGUAUCUACAAUAGUUCUCGUAGUGGUCGAAGCUUGGAGGAUGGUAAUGUUUCAAGCUAUAUUCAUGAUAUUCUCAGUCUAUUACGGUAAGCAAAAUAUUUGUUU